UAUUGAAUGUAGGAAACAGUGCCAAGUAUAACAAUUUUCCAGGUCUAUUACAGUAGGGUGGAAAAAGAAACGGCGACCAAUCAUCAAACGGUGUUUAACACAUUACGCCUCUUCUAAAUUAUCUUAGAGGUAAAUCUGUUGCCAAUCAAUAACCAGUAAUACCUGCAUACUAAUGGACGCUGGAGAAUGCAGUCCCAGCUUGCAGGACUACAGCAUGGUUCACAGACCUGUUGGAGACUUGUUUGCGCCAGUAACGGACGUCGAUGAAUGGCAGUCAUUCAUGCUGAGUCCGUCCCAGAUAGAACAGUUCCAGAGAGAUGGCUUCCUGCUGAAUGUCCCUGUACUGACACCAGACCAGUGUGACAAAAUACUUGCUGACUACAAGUACUUUCUGGGUGAAGAAAAGCACCCAGGCAUGGAGAUGUUGUAUGAAUACCAUAGCAACCAGAGUGGUGACCCUGACAACGUUCUGAUGCACGCUCUGGGUCAUUGGAGGCUUACAAAACAUUUCCAUGACCUGGUGUUCCUUCCAAACGUUGUGGUUCCUGUGUCUCAGCUGUUGGACCCAGGAAGGAUGUCCUCUGUACGCUUCUGGCAUGAUCAGCUGUUUGCCAAGCCUCCAUUCCACGGGGGCAAUGUAGCUUGGCAUCAGGAUUACUCCUACUGGACCAGGACAACUCCUAUGGCCCACCUUACUGUUCACAUAGCCUUAGAUGACCAGACUGAGGAGAAUGGUGGCCUACACUACAUACCUGGCUCACAUAGAUGGACUCGAGAUGAUGGCAAGCCUUUGCCAGUGACUGAUUUUAAUUUCAAGGAUAUGGAAUCCAUAAAAACCAUCCUAACCGAGGAAGAAAAGGCUGGUUUCCGACCUGUUUGUGGAAAUCUAAGGAAGGGAGAAGCAAGCUUUCAUCAUGCUCUUGCUGUGCAUGGUUCCUAUGGAAACAGAUCAGAUAAGCCACGUCGAGCCGCAGUACUCAACUACUUCAAAGACGGUGUGCGCUCCAACACGGACGGAGAAAUCCUCAAAGAUAUUUGUGUGCCUAAGGGGUCAAAAAUGGAUGGCCAGUUCUUUCCAUUGGUGUUUGAUCCAGAGUGCAUGCCUUUCAAUGAAGCUUCAAAAUGAACAUAAACAUGGAAUAUUAUAUUGGAUAUUAUUGGUUACAUAUGAUACAAGACACUAAUGUCUCUAAAGUAACUAUUUGAUAGCAAUGUUAGUACACUAUUUAUCAUACUGAUUAUAUUGUUAUUGUGUAUUGUAUUCACAUGUUGAAAAAAGCCUAAUGUUUUUUAAUGUAAUGUUUAAUAUAAUGGUAGUAACUUUAUUUAAAGUGUCAUAUUGUUAUAAUGUUGCCUUCAAUAGUGUUUUAUUUGAACAUAAAAUUAUAUGUUUGUGCAUUUAUGAUUUUUUAUCACACUGUUUUCAUAUUAAUAAACUCUAAGAAAGAUAUUCAUUGUGAUAAGUAUACAAUGUUGUUCUUUGACCCUUUGCAGGCCUUGGAAAUUCAGAAGACAUUUUUUAUAAAGGACAAUUAAAUACCACUGUGCAAACCUCAUGCUAUUGAUAACAUUGAAUUCUUGUCUGUAACAUUCUCUUUGAUUGUCUUGACAUGCUUACAAAUACAAGUGUAACCAUGUAUAGAAAAACAAUGGUUCAGUAUUGUUCUGUCUUAACAAUUCCGUCAUUUAUUCGUGAAAAUAAAUAUGAAUUUGAAUACGUAUCCAAUACCAUAUUGUCAAACCGCCCUUUUACACUUCUCGCAAAGGCAUUUUUCCUUUACAAAAAAGUUAUACAUACAAGCAUUUUUGCAAAAGACAACAUGCCCGUUUGUGUAAAUUUUAAAAAUAAGAUCCACUUUUCAUACUUUUGUGACCUUUAAAAAAUGUCAAAAACCGGCAAAAUUGCUUGUAGUUAGUAGAUUCUCACCUACAAGUUUAAGUUGUAUGUAACCGUGAAACCGGAUGUUGUCAUAAUUUCCAAGGGGACUA